CAAAUAGCUCCAUCCCUUUUCCGGACACGCGACGAAUUCAGCCAUCAGUCUCGUGGUUUUAGGAAUGACAGUUCAUUAUCGGAUUAUUAGGUCGGAUCCAGGCGGAAUCUGAAAUGCCAGAUUAGACGGUGACAGAUAGUUUUUAAUGUACCUUGUGCUGAGAGUGUAUUGUGUGUGGUAAUGGAACAUGUGUUGGGAUGACAAGAUCACAACGUGAUAACUGCGUCAGCAAAGUACAUCCGUUCCAGAUACAGCCUUUAUUACAAGUGAUAUACAUAAACGAUUGGAGAGCUAGCUCAUAAAUUUGUCGAUCACUCUUUUGCAAUUUUUUUUUUAUUGCUGACUGUGCCACGAGCUAAUGUAUGUGAAGAGCAUUCUAAACGGUGCCAAAUCUUGGAACAACAAACUGUACCAAUAAAAAAAAACACCUUCCUCUUCGACGAGAGCUAUCUAUCAUUUACGAAACAAUAUGCUUUAAAGAGACAGGAUCUAGUUCCAUUGUAGCUCGGAGAAUUGUUUUUCAUUGCCGAACAAACUGGAUUUAAAGCUCGAACAUUAAAGGAGAAAUGUUAGCUGCUUUGUGCACGCUAAACUUCCGAUAAAUGAAUUUUUAACUCGUUUGAAAGUGGAUUUUUUACGUUAUUCCGUUUUUUAUUAGCCACCUGAAAUCGCGCUGUGUGUUCUUUUCUUCAAUCUCCCUGGAAUUACACGCCUAGACAAGAAAAUCGUAAGUUACGUGUUGUGUUUUCUAUCCGGUUACUGCUGGAUUACGUGCUUUGCAUCGCAGUGUUGCCAUGACAACGUUUAUUAUUUGAAUCUGCUCCCAACAGGUGUGUGAUGGAAUGAAGAAAAAUGGAUAACAAUCGUCUGCAAAGCGUGGCUUCCCAGCCUGGAGUAGAGUCAUCAGCUACAAACGCAGACAAUGCUUACGAAGGAGACGGAUGUGCGAUUCCAGUUAACUCCAGUUCUUCCUCGAUGCGAAUAGAACCAGUGCCAAUGGAUGGCAUUUUUCUGGGACCCGCUAAAAAGUUGGCCCUAAAUACUUCAAAAAACAACUCUCUCGUUCUUCUUUCCAGUGACACCGUGACACCUUACCCUGUGAGAAAGUGUUUCGAAAGUGUUUUCUUCUAUCAAAACGAGAAGGAAAGCAAAAUGUGUGAAGACACUCCUUGCUCCCUCAGAACUAACGAGGCAUUUCUGGAGGAGAUUAUCGCCAAUUUGCUAGGCCAUUUUCCGCCAAAAAGCGGAUUACAUUGGCCGUUAUGUGCAGGUGAUGACCGUUUAAGAAGCAAUCACCCAGGAUAUAACGAUUAUGGUGAAAAAGAUGUCAAGAUAACAGCAGCCAUCUCCCAAAACAGUCUUUGUUUAGCACAGCCUGAAUGCAUUCUGAUAAUGGAUCGCCUUUUACUGGAAGGGUUCUUGAGGAAAAUUGAAAGUCAUUGGAGAACUCAUCAUGAAAUGGAAGCCUUGCCUUAUUACCGAAAUACCCAAAGAGGAUUAAAUAACAGCUUUUUUGAAAAACAAGAACAGCUAACUUGUGUUCGGAGACAGUCGAUUGCAAACACAUGCGAAAUUCUGUUUUUAGGAGAUGUUUCUUUCCCAGAUAUGCAAGAUUUUUCUCAAUGCGAAUUCAUUUUAAUUCAAACUAAAUGGCGCAGCUUCAAAAUUUUAUUUUCAAGGAAAAAUGAUUUGAUAGCUGUAAUAAGCUGUGAUAUGAAUGAAAUGAAUCAUCCUAUUCUGAAAAUAAGUGACGCCGAAUUUUUUGUUGAUAAAGAGCCUGAAGUGGAUUUUAGUUUGUGCUGGUAUUUUUCAAAUUUUACUCAUGAUUUUGAAUGGAGCUUGGAUAGUUAUUGGAACAAUCCUGUUGUAAAUAAUUAUAUGGCCUCUACUGCAGAAAAGAAUCCCAUUGGUGCCACUCUCAAGCUUUUCCCAUGGAUGGGACUGCCUACCGACUCAGCGCCACAUCGAGUGGUAUGUCAACUCUGGAAGGACCUAACAAGGUCUUCCUUUGCAAAUUUCGACGCCUCCCUGAAUCUGAGUCAUUCAGAAUUUCCACUCCAACGUCUUAAGGUACCGGUUCAAAGCGUUCAGAUCACACAAUUCUGGCCAACUGUCGUCAAGUGCGAACAAAUUUACGCUCCUAUCACUUGCAGGAGUUACUAUCUAAAGCAGUUGCUGUUCUGCAUUAAGUUCUGCGAAAUAGUUUGGAAAUCGCAGAAUUUCUGCUUCGUCCUCGGGAAUCGUUCGAUCAUUCGGAUAGUGGACAGAGAUCGGUUGCCAGCCAGGAUAGAUGACCACGGACUGGUAUCCUUCACCAUGGAUUGGAUGCAGGCUAUCGGGUCGGACGUCAUGAUUAACGACGAUCAGCUCACCACUGCCUUGCAGCAUUUGCUGGUCUCUGUGGAAAAAGGUAUUGAGAGAUUAGACUGGGGCGGACAUUCUAAGUCUUGGAACAACAUCUCGAGUGCCAGCGAUGGGUCCUCUACUUUUCCCAGAUGCUGCCACAUCAGGGCCCAUCCCGUGGACACUAAAGACAGCUCCGUCCAAACGACACCUGAAGACGAAGGCAGUCAGGAGGAGGAUUCCUCAGAAAUUAUGAAGGACACCGUCAUGUUAAGCAGUGAUGACACUCCGGUUAUAGGGAAGUACGCCUGCAUUCAAGACAGUCAGACAGUGUCUGUCGUACGGAAGAAUUAUGUACCAACAUGUGAGAGCAUCGCCACGCAAACAUCUUCAACACUUUCUCCAUCUAAAACUCAAGAGAAACCUCCUAAUGACUUGAUGUUUGCCUUGCCGCCUCUUGCUGUUCGGGAAGAAGAUCCAGAUGAUGGUUACUGCGAACAUAUCCUCACACAGCCAGCGACUAUAAGUCAAGUGGACCCGGACUUGCUGCAUUCUGAAGUGGCUUUACUUCCAGGUUGCAGAGACUCAAAAGGCCGCAGCAUAGUUGUAAUCGCAAGCGAUGCCAUCAAAGAUGGCUUCCAACUUUCCUCGUGUCACUUAGCCCAGCUCCUUCUCUACUUCCACACCAUUCCCAAGAAAGAAGUCAUUGGGAAGGGGUUUCUUGUCUUAAUCGACGCUUUGAAGCAUACUGAAGAUUUCUGGAGUGCACUUGACGAGGCAUUUUGUCUGAUCGAAGCCAAUCUCUCAAAUGUGAUAAGCGACGUUUUAAUUCUAUUUGAAGAGAAUAAAGAGGUUCCUGACACAGCCACUUUGCUUCCUACAAGUAGAAUACAAUUUGAAGUAGUGUCUUCCAGAGAAAAACUACUAAAUUUCAUCCAGAAAGAUCAGUUGCUUUGUCAAUAUGGAGGAGACUAUCUAUAUGAUCAUCAAGAAUGGAUAAGUUUCCGAAAAUUCCUGGAGCCGUUCAUCAACGGCUGUCGCUUAUCCGGUCGUCAUCUGGUCAAUCUCCUGGAGGAUCUACGGGGAAGUCGUCUGCCGGUGUCCUCCGCCCUUACCCACCAGAUGAUAGAGCAGCAGAAGCGAAACGUAACCCACACCUUCCACGACGAGCAGCUGCGACAUCUGGAGGAAGAAGGGGACACUAUCCUUAAAGAGCUACAAUCGUACAGAACGAAGUCACCUCAUAAUCACGAUUACAGGGAAAACUUGGAAAGAACAAGCGUCUUGUAUGAUGAAUUACGGAGAGCCAUGGCGAAGCUAGCGAGAUUAGCUGAUAAACGACUGAAUAGGUUGGAAGCAUGCCUUCAGCUGAAAACUUUUCAAGAAGAAUCUAGUCAAGUUCUAUCCUGGUUGUGCAGGAAAGGGAAUGAAUCUCUGGAAAGGCAUCAAGCUAUCGCCGAUUCUUUGGGAGCUAUCAAGCAACAAGAGGAAGAGUUCGAGAAGUUCUAUUUCUUAGCAAUGAGACAAAUAGAGAAAGGCAAUGAUUUGCUUGAAGAAGUGUCUACAUUCAGCCAUGAUUCGUGUCUCCCAAAGAUUAAAGAAGAGAAUCCAUCUGAACCCACUGAGGAAGAUGGAGGAGUACAUGAGUUGGCAACCUCACUCCGUCAACAUCUGGGAUCUUUCACUGAAAGACUGGAAGGGACACGUGAGAGAAUUGAGGAUACAGCAAAGUGCUAUCAGUUGAUGGAUAAGUCUUAUGAAUGGGCUUUGGAUGCUAUGAGAUUUGUAUCCAAUAUGGGUAUUGCUAAUACAGAAAGUGCAGAAGGUAUUCUGCGACAAAUAAGGUGUUUGCAAGAUUAUGCUGAUAAUCAUCUACGUGUUCCCGAAGAAACAUUUACUGAAAUGUUAGAUUUGGCAGCUAAACUUGGGAAUGAAAAAUUGCUUGAACAGUGCAAAAUUGUGAAACUACGUUGUGAAGAAACUGUAGAUUUGAUCAAAACUCGUCAAGCUACCUUGCAAAAGGUGAAGCAACAAAUGGAAGUUGAUUCUCUGCGAGGACCUUAUUGGGAAGCUGAAGAUGCUUCUCAAACACCCCGCACGAUGCGGUCCCAUUCACAACCUCUGAACACCUGGCUACCUAUUGGAGCCAGCACACCCUAUCCUGGUUUCUCAUGUCAUCAGCGAAGACGUUCUACUGGAGGGCCUAUGGGUGUGUCGAUGUCUCAACGCUAUGGGUCACCUAUUGGAUCUUAUACUGCCUUCCCUAGCAGCUAUUACCCUACAAAAGAGUCAUACCAUUUGGACAGUUUCACUCAAGAAAAAGAUGAAAAACUUCUGAAUCAGGGACUAAUUACAGAAGAUUUAACUGCCAAUGGACCUGUUGCUUCUAUAUCAAAAACCCUUUUAGAUAUUCGUGGAGCACACAGGAGUGGACAUUCAUCUUCUUCUUCCUCAUCAUCUUCUACCAGCAGUAGCUGUAAAGACAUGAGCAUAGCUCGUAAAGCUCCUCGUAGCUUAGCUCUUGGAACUGAUUCUAAGUCAGGUAAGAAAUUACCUAGACGCUGUCAAAUGUGGCAAAUGAGAGAUGAAGCUCUUGAGAAAGUAAAAGCAGAAGUCAGAGAGCAAACUGCUUUACUGAGAGUAGAAAAACUACGAGAUUGCCAAAAUAAUAACAGAUCUGAAAUACCUGAAGCACCUAAUACAGACAGGAUACCAAGGAAGUCACUUCUUCAGCCUUGUACAGAUCCUGCUCGGGGACCAGUUCCUGUGAAUACACACUUAAUGAAUCCUGUUGAUAGUCCUGACUCUAACUGCAAAAAAGAAUCCAGCAAUGAUGUGGAGGCUAAAUCCAAAAAGACUCUUAUGCUUAUUAUGCAAGAGCUGAUUCAAACAGAGCGGGACUAUGUAAAGUCUCUGGAAUAUAUAAUUGAAAAUUAUAUUCCUGAACUUCUCCGAGAUGAUAUUCCACAAGCAUUAAGAGGUCAAAGAAAUGUUGUAUUUGGAAAUAUUGAAAAAAUAUAUGAAUUUCAUUAUCAAUAUUUUCUCACUGAACUGGAGCAUUGUGAAAGUUCCCCAUUUACUGUUGGGCAGUGUUUCCUUGACUUCCAACCUCAGUUUUAUCUGUAUGCUUUGUAUAAUAAAAACAAACCUAAAUCUGAUGCAUUGAUGUCUGAAUAUGGAAAUGCCUUUUUUAGAAAAAAGCAGCUGGAGCUUCAAGACAAAAUGGAUUUGGCAAGCUAUCUUUUAAAACCUGUCCAAAGAAUGGGAAAAUAUGCUCUUCUGUUGAAACAACUUCUAAAAGAAUGUCCUGAAAGGGAAAAAGAACAUAAAGCUCUAAAGGCUGCUGAAGAAAUGGUUCGAUUUCAGCUGAGACAUGGAAAUGAUCUGUUGGCAAUGGAUGCUUUAAGAGACUGUGAUGUAAAUGUGAAAGAACAAGGACUGCUUUUACGUCAAGAUGAGUUCAUUGUAUGGCAAGGUAGAUCUCGAAAGUGCAUGAGGCAUGUGUUUCUCUUCGAAGAUCUUAUACUUUUUAGUAAAGCUCGAAGAGAUCCACAGCGUAAAGGCUAUGAAAUGUACCAGUAUAAACAUAGCAUCAAGACUACUGAUUUGGGAAUGACUGAGCAAGUUGGUGAUAGUCCUACAAAGUUUGAAAUAUGGUUCCGUAAGAGAAAGUUAAAUGACACGUUUUUGCUUCAGGCUCCUACUCCUGAAGUCAAGCAGGCAUGGACAAAUGAAAUAAGGGCCAUUCUCUUGAACCAGGCGGUUAAUAACAAGAAGAAUCGCCUUGCGGAAAUGUCUUCCAUGGGAAUUGGUAAUAAACCUUGUCUUGAUAUUAAGCCUAGUGAAGAUCAAAUAAGUGACAGAUCGAUUAGCAUCCAUCAACUUGCUAGAGCUCCUAGGUUCCGUAACUCCAUUGCAGUUUCUCCUUAUGAUAUAAGGAAUAACAGAAACUCUAUCAUAUCCGUUAGCUCAUCUUCAUCCUCAGGCAGUAGCCAGUCAUCUUUCUCAUUCUAUGGAGCAUUAAAUUUAGGAUUUGAGCCUGGUGACAGUCCUAGACCUUUGCACAGAUCUCAUACUCAGCAAUCACAGUGCUCAACAGAGAGUGGCUUUUGUACUGAUGCUAGUAUGGCUGGCGAUAGUCCAGAAAACGAGCAGCCUCGACAUAAGCGAGCUGAAAGAAGUGACAGUCUUCUUUCCAGUGACUCGAUGUCUACAAAUGUAUCUCCAACUGAUGUACCUCCUUGCAUGACAAAAUUUGAUCAGUCCUUAGAAGAGAGUCUCACUACAUCCAUGUAAAAUGUGUUCUGAAUUAUUUAUUUGGAAUUUUGAUCUGCUAGUGUUGUCGAUUGUACUGAAGUAACUGUCGUCCAUUGCAAGAUUUUGAGUGCCAUACUGAAAAUCAAGAGCUUUGUUUCUACACUAUACUUUUUUAAACAUGGAAACAUGUUCAUGAGAUCCUAAGCACGGGUUCAUAGUUAUACGAACUUAAUUUAUUUGGUGAAAAUUGUAUAAUGAUGCACUAUAUUGAAACAUGAAAUACUCAUGUAAUCAUUUUGUACAGUUCUCUUAUGUUUAUAAGAAAUACUACCUCCCUACCCUACUGUUAUCUAUAUUGAACAGUUUAGAAAUGUACUCAUUUUUGUUUAAAUUUUAAUGAUUUGAACUGAAAAAAAGAAUCAUACUAGAAUCAAAAAUAAAUGAAUCUGGAAAUUUAACAUUUAUGUUUAAUAUUUGUAAAGAUAUUAUUUAUUUAUUCUUUUUUGCUUUUGUAUAAUGUUAAUUAUUUUUAGAGUACUUUCACCUCUGAAGUGGCAUUAUUGUGAACUAUUGAACAAUUAUCUUUGAUAGGAAAAAGAAAUGGUAUUCAAUUUCUUCUAUAUAAUUUUUUUUUCUUUAAAAGAAAUUUCUUUAACUGUAAGUGCAAUUUUAAUAUUGUAAUGUAAAUGUGCAAUAAACUACUUACUGACAAUCUAAUACUCAUCAAAUAUCGAAAUUUGUCUUAAUAUAUUUUAAAAUGAUCCUUGGUGCCACUGUUUUGUAAAUUUUUGUACAGAAAAUCUGUUUAUUAUUGAUACACUGCUCCCUGAAAGUGUUGUGGUUUCUUUUAAAUUUGUGCCAUUGUGGUGUCUUGUAACCUAAUUGUAAUACUUAGGGAGCACAUUUUUCACGGGCUGUAGUGUCAGCUUGUUGUAAAUUUAUUUCUGUAAGGAAUUUAAUUAUUAAAUAAAGUAUUGAUUAUUUGAA